AUGGAUAAACAAAAUAACGACAAUGCAUCACACACAAAAAUUGAAUCAAAAACAACUGAAAUUGAGAGUGGAGGAGACUCGACAAGCUCAUCUUCUUUUGAAAGCACUUUAAACGUUUUUAAUUCACUUUUGACGCCAAAUCCUUCCAGCGAUACUGAUGUUAUUACAGCCACUGCCACAACUACAGCUGAUUCUGCUAAGAAACAGAAAACUAAAUGUGUUGACAAAGUAAUAAAUUCUUUAGCUGGUGAAUAUGUGCCUCUUAAAUCUGGUAAAACAAAUCCUAGUUAUGGAAUUUUACAUUUAUAUCGUGAUCCGAAUGAAAUUCCUAAAGACAAUAAUAACGUUUCAAAAAAUGCUAACGAUAAGGUUAAUAAUAGCCAGGAUUCUUUGAAUACAAAUACAAAUAUAAUUGAAAAUAAUGAUGAUACUAUAUUAGCUGUGUUAGCUGUUCCUUCUUAUAUGAGUGCUUCUGAUUUUUUAGGAUUUGUUGCAUCAGUAAGAAGUGAUGUAAGCCAUUUUAGGUUUAUAAGAGAUUCUGCACCUAAUAAAUUUGUAGUGUUGAUGAAAUUUCGUAAUUCACAUGUAGCAAAUGAUUUUUAUAAACAAUUUAAUGGUCAACCAUUUAGUUCAAUGGAGCCUGAAAUAUGUCAUGUUGCUUACAUCAAAUCAAUAGAAUUUAAAUCCACCACAAUUUCUCCUUAUUCAUUUCCAUUUUUACAUGAUCCAUUUCUAUCAUCUUCACAACAAGAAAAUUCUACAAUUUUACAUGAGCUUCCUACUUGCCCUGUUUGUUUAGAAAGAAUGGAUGCUUCAGUAACAGGUUUAUUGACAAUAUUAUGUCAACAUACAUUUCAUUGUAAUUGUUUGAGCAAAUGGGGAGAUAGUAGUCAAAAACGUGGUGAUUAUGACACGUCAUCGGAACAGAAUGAAUGUGAGGUCUGUGGUGCCAUUGAAAAUUUGUGGAUAUGCUUAAUUUGUGGAAAUAUUGGAUGUGGCCGAUAUCAAGAAGCUCAUGCACAUUGUCAUUAUAAAGAAACAUCACAUUUAUAUGCAAUGGAACUAGAAACCCAAAGAGUAUGGGAUUAUGCUGGUGAUGGAUAUGUACAUCGAUUAAUUCAAAACAAAUCGGACGGUAAAUUAGUUGAAUUACCCAGUCCAGAUUCGAGAAAUCAAUCAAAUCAAACACAUAAUGAUCAAAAUAAACUUGAUGAAAUGGCAGCUGAAUAUACAUACCUUUUGACUACGCAAUUAUCAUCUCAAAGAACUUAUUAUGAAGAGAAAAUAGAAUCAUUGACUAAAGAACUUUCAAAACUAUCAAACCAAGUUCAAUUACAGUCUAAAGAAAUAACAAAUAUAAAGGAGAAUAUGGAUAAAAUACAAAAUCAAAAAGAUGAUCUUGAAAAGAUAAAAAUACCAAAUUUAACAAAGGAAAAGAAAAAUUUUGAAAAAAAAUCCGAGAAUUUUAUGGAAAAAUCGAAAAAAUUGGAAAAAGAGUUAAUGGAAGAAAAAGAGAUGACAAAAUCUUUAGUGAUUAAGCAACAAUUUUUACAAGAACAACUACAGUCUAAAGAUAACAAAGUCAAUGAUCUUGAAGAACAAAUAAAAGAUUUGAUGUUUUAUUUUUCAGCUCAAGAUAAAAUGAAAGAGAAUCCUGAAUUAAUCGGUGGAAAUAUAUUAGUAUCAGAGAACAAUAAUGGUAUUGGUGGUGGUGGAAGCUCGAGAAAGAAAAAAGGGAAAAAAUAA